CGCCUUCAACGUCAGACUCCUUUCGCGUUCGUGUCCAAACGACAGGAGUGUCAUGUGGUGCGUCGUGUUGAACAUUCUCCUGCGGUACCUGCACGUCGUCUCCUGCUUCUGCGUGACGUGUCUGGCGCUGUACCGAUACCUGUACCUGUGCUGGCCCCUCCGCUACCCGAUGCUGGUCACCAAGCGCCGCUGUUGCUACGUCACUCUCGCCUGCUGGACGCUGCCCUUCGCCCUGGUUGCGGUGCCGUCUGCGAUCGACGGUCAGGCUCCGUGCGCUGACAUGCGGGUGACGGUCUCCUUCUAUGCCACCUACGUCGUCUUGUACAUCCUAGGCGCCCUCGCCACCUUCGUCGCGUACCUCCUGGUGGCGCUGGAGUUCAGGAGGAAGCACCACAGAGCUUCGCCGAACGCAGACAUCGCCAAGUUCGACUUCCUCGCGAAAGUGCGAACGGAGAGGUGCGCGCUCCACGUCUUCGUCCUCUACACUAUCUUAUCUCUCCCUCACAUCAUAAUGGUCGUCGUGAGCAUGACCCAGGUCGAGAUAGCCCAGAUGAACAGGAACAUCCCGGCCCUCCUGCAGCGCCUCCACCUCCUGCUGUUCCUCCCCUUCUACGCCUGGGCCAAUCCCUUCUUCCGCGCCGCCCUCACCAGCUGGGCCAAGAGGACGUGGCGAGGAUGACCU